AUGGGCGACAAAAAGAGCCCUACAAGGCCAAAAAGACAAGCCAAACAGGCGGACGACGGAUACUGGGACUGUAGCGUGUGCACCUUCAGGAACACUGCCGAGGCGUUUAAAUGCAGCAUCUGCGAUGUGAGGAAGGGCACAUCCACAAGGAAACCCCGGAUCAACUCCCAACUGGUGGCUCAGCAGGUGGCCCAACAGUUCCCCAUGCCCCCGCCGGCCAAGAAGGAGCGGAGGGAGAGGGGCGAGGGCCGCUUCGACAAGGAGCGGCCCGACGGUGAGGGGGAGAGGCAGCCCGACGGUGAGGGGGAGAGGCAGCCCGACGGAGAGGGAGAGAGGAGGCCCGAGGGCGAGGCCGAGAGGGGGCCCGAGCUCGAUCGCCCCGAAGCAGUGAGAGCGGACGGAGACUCCACGGACAAGGAGUGCAGUGACAAAGAACAGCCACUCAAAGACAAGCUAGACAGAGAGAAGGAAAUCACCCCCGCCAUCACCAAGAAGAUCGGCAGUAAAAAGAACAGACCUAAGACAGAGCACCAGAGCCCGCCCAGCGACAAACACAGUAUACAGUCUGGCAAGUCGGUGACAAAGACCAACAAGAACGCACACAUUUUCAGGCCCAAGCUGAAGAACAUCGACCGGAGCACGGCGCAGCAGCUGGCCAUCACCGUGGGCAACGUCACAGUGAUCAUUACAGACUUUAAGGAGAAGACGCGCUCCUCCUCCACCUCCUCCUCCACCAUCACGUCCAGCGCCGCCUCCGAACAGCAACACCCGAGCUCCGGCUCCGAGAGCAUGGACAAGGGCUCGUCGCGUGCCUCCACGCCCAAAGGGGAGCUGUCAUUGGGGCACGACGAGUCCUUCUGA